UGUGCAUUUUACGUUUAUAUCUCGACCUAGUAGGGUUUCUCUUACCUAAUUAAGGCAAACAUUUUUAGAAGAUGGAAACAGUAUUUAAUUAGUAAUUAUUAAUUGUGUUUUGCUAAUUGGGCCAGGCUCUUUGUUAAUACAAAAUGAAUGCCCUAUUGAUAUUUUUUCUGCUACUUUUCACUCCAAACCUGGCUUUGGGUUUUGGAAUAAUAACUAAUUUCUUUUCGUCAUUGCUUAACUCUGGAAAAUAUGGCAAUACUUCUGUGCAAGGGGCCAGCAAUGCUGAACCAAGCAUUCCAAACCCCGUUCCAAUUCUUAACGCCAACUUAACGUCAAACCUCUGCGGACCUCAAGUUGUAUGUUGUGUGAAGACGCGAUAUCGUUCUUUAAACGGGUCCUGUAACAAUUUAGAGAAUCCUGGCUGGGGCACUCCAAACAGUACUUACCUGCGCCUUCUUCCUCCCAGUUAUGCUGAUGGUUUAUACAAAAUACAGACGGAUCUGCCUAAUGCCAGGGAACUGAGCGCAGCAUUAUUCCCUGAUAAGAAGACUAAUGAUGAUCAGUUGAACCUCAAUGCCAUGCAAUGGGGACAGAUUAUAACACACGAUAUGUCCCUUUUUGCCGAUGUAUCCGAUCAAAUUAAAACGCCUCCGGUAUGCUGCGAUAACGGCCAAUUGACGAAGCAAGCGCAAGACCAAACACUAUGCGCGCCUGUAACAAUUCCGAAAAACGACCCAUUUUAUGGAAGUAAAGGUAUAAAAUGUUUGGAAUUAACCCGAGCAGGGACGGACAGGAACAUCGGAUGUGUGCCAGAAAAUCAGCCAGCUAAUCAGAUAAAUGUAGUGACAGCGGCAAUGGAUGCUUCUAUAGUAUACGGCAGUACUGAUGAACAAGGCGCGGCUAUACGAGCCUUUAAAAAUGGUAAUCUGAAGACAGUUACUAGACACGGAAGAGAAUGGCCGCCUCAAGUGAAUAACGUCACACAGACCUGCUCGGGUGCGAGGUCCCCCAAGGAGCCCUGUUAUCUCGGAGGAGACGUAAGAAUAAACCAAAACACGGAGUUGACUCUGUUGCAAAUAAUUUUCAUCCAUUACCAUAACUACAUCGCGGAUUAUCUGAGUGAGAUCAACCCUCAUUGGGACGAUGAGAAGAUCUAUCAGGAGGCGCGCAGGAUUCUCAUAGCUGUUUACCAAAAUAUUAACUACUACGAAUAUUUGCCGUAUUUAUUAGGAAAGGAAUAUAUGCUGGCGAACAAACUCAUUUAUCCUCGUACUAAAGCUAAUUUAGAAGAGUAUAUAAACGAUUACGAUCCGAAUUUAGUGCUAGGUGUUAUAACUGAGCAUACGACGGCGGCCUUACGAUACUUCCACACAUUCAUACAAGGAUACUUGAUGAAGAAGAAUGAAUAUAGAAAAAAUGAAGGUGAACUUCGGCUGAGCGAUUGGUUCAACAGACCCUUAGUACUGGAGGAAAAGGACACAUUCGACCAGCUGGUGUAUGGGUUCACCGCUCAGUCCUCUUCUGUCGCGGAUCCUUUCUUUUCUGUAGAAAUCACGGAGUAUUUGUUCAGGAAUGGGAAUUACUUCGGGGGCGACCUUCGUUCGGUCGACAUUCAGCGCGAUAGGGACAUGAGUCUCGGUAAAUACGUGCAAGGCCGCGCCGCGUGUAACCUGACCGUACCCAAAACGUGGGAUGAACUGCGUGGAAUUAUUGCAGAAAUUUAUAUAAUAAAACUGAAGAAAAUGUAUAAAGAUGUAUGUGACAUAGACCUGACUGUGGGUGGAUCACUGGAGAGUCACGUGCCGGGGGCCCGAGCCGGUCCGUUGUUCCUCUGCAUCAUGCUCGCCCAGUUCCACAGAGCACGAAAGGCAGACAGAUUCUAUUAUGAGAAUGGCAAGGACAAGCAAACAGCUUUUGCACCCGAUCAACUAAAAAACAUAAGGAGUAUAACGAUGGCGAGCUUUUUGUGCGCUUCUACCGAAGCCGGCAACAUGCAGAAAUGGGCUUUCGAAAUCGUCAGUCUAACUAAUCCCAUCUUAUCCUGUGACGAUAUUCCUUCAUUGAAUCUUGAUUUAUGGAAAGAAGCUUCUAAACCUGAAGACGAAGAGGGGUACGGAGGUGAAAAUGAUGAGGAUGGAGAUAAUGAUGAUAAUCAAGAAUAUGGUAGUAAAUCGCAAGGACUAUGUCCAGUGAAAAAUGAUGACAAUACGCCAUAUUAAUGUAAUCUAUGAAGUAUAACUAAUGCAAUUAAAUAUAAUGGUAAUCAAA